AGCAACUUCAACAAAGAUAUUGACAUCGAUUGGGGUGGCAACGAACAUGUUAAGAUUUUCAAUGGCGGCAAACUUCUGACUCUCUCUCUUGACAACUCCUCUGGUGCUGCUUUCCAAACCAAGAACGACUACUUAUUUGCAAGGGUUGACAUGCAACUCAAGAUUGUCCCUGGCAACUCCGCUGGCACUGUGGCCACUUACUAUUUAUCUUCUCUAGGGGCAGCACACGAUGAGAUUGACUUCGAGUUCUUAGGCAAUUUAUCUGGACAGCCAUACACUGUCCACACUAAUUUCUAUUCCCAAGGGAAAGGGAACCGCGAACAACAGUUCCGUAUUUCGUUUGAUCCCACGUUAGCCUUCCACACCUACUCGGUCAUUUGGAACUCUCAACGCAUCAUUUUCAUGGUGGACAAUAUUCCAAUAAGGGUAUUCGAAAACAAUGAAGCGAUUGGAGUUCCAUUUCCCAAUAGCCAACGAAUGAAGGUGUAUGCCAGCCUAUGGGAUGCCGAUAACUGGGCAACAGAAGGUGGGAGAAUAAAGACCGACUGGACUCAAGCUCCUUUCAUUGCCUCGUACAAAAAUCUCAAAAUCAAUGCUUCUUCUUCUGCUAACUCCACUAACAAUACAAUAUCAAAUCAGGCAUGGCAAACUCAACAACUUGACUCCAUGGGUCGAAAAAAACUCCGAUGGGUGCAGAGCAAGUGCAUGACUUACAACUAUUGCACCGACUUCCAGAGGUUUCCCCAAGGCCUUCCCCCAGAAUGCGUAGCUUCUUCAUAAUCAUUAAAUUAUUUCUCUCUUUUUUCUUUCAAAUUCUUUUCCUCUUUUUUCUUCUUGAUUUGUAAAUUUAUUAGUUCGUGAAUAUUCUUUGUUUGUUUGAUUUAAAAGCAUUUGCAACAAUUCAAUCA